GCGUUUUUUCUGGUAAACCCUAAACCCUAGCCGAAUUUUAUUUUUUUUGCGAAGUAGAAGAAGAAGAAACUCAGCGCGCAAACCGCAGUACCGAUUUACUGCUUGUUCACUACUUUCCAAUGGCUCCCGCGAGGAAGAAACCUUCGAAGGCAAGCAAGUCCCCGAAGAACCCUAAGAAGACCCAACCCAAGCACGAUUCCAGCUCCGAAUCCGAAGAAGACAUGCCGUCGCAGCAGCAGCAACUGCAGCAACUCGAACUCGGCGAUGACAACUCCGAUUCCGCGUCGGAGCUCUCUUCUGAAGGGGACGACCCAUUAGCCGACGAUUUCCUCCAAGGAAGCGAUGAUGACGAAGGGAAAGCCCCGGGUUCGGACUCGGGUUCUGGUUCUGAUUCGGAUGAUUAUGAUAUCGAGGAGAAGUCGAAAGCUAUUGAUGAAGAGAAGGCGAGAGAGGAAGAGGACGCGGAAGCCGAAAUGCAGCUCAAUAUCAACCAAGAGUCUGAUGAGUUCAGAUUGCCAACCCAAGAGGAACUCGAAGAAGAGGCUUUGCGUCCACCUGAUCUUUCCAAUCUCCAAAGGAGAAUAAAAGAAAUUGUUCGUGUUCUUUCAAAUUUUAAGGUUUUGAGGCAAGAUGGGGCAACCAGGAAAGAUUAUGUUGAACAGCUUAAGAAAGAUAUUUGCACGUACUAUGGCUACAAUGAGUUUCUAAUGGGUGCUCUAGUGGAGAUGUUUCCAGUUGUUGAACUUAUGGAACUGAUUGAAGCCUUUGAAAAGCCACGCCCUAUAUGUCUAAGGACUAAUACAUUGAAGACACGCAGAAGGGAUUUGGCUGAUGUUUUGAUAAAUAGGGGUGUUAAUUUGGAUCCUUUAAGCAAAUGGUCAAAGGUUGGACUUGUUGUGUAUGAUUCUCAAGUGCCAAUUGGUGCCACUCCUGAGUAUAUGGCUGGUUUCUACAUGUUACAAAGCGCAAGCUCUUUUCUGCCUGUCAUGGCCUUGGCUCCUCAAGAGAAGGAACGAGUUGUUGAUAUGGCCGCUGCACCAGGUGGUAAAACAACUUACAUUGCUGCUCUAAUGAAGAACACUGGAAUAAUUUUUGCAAAUGAAAUGAAGGUACCAAGGCUUAAGUCAUUGACUGCAAAUUUGCAUCGUUUGGGUGUAUCCAACACUGUAGUCUGUAACUAUGAUGGAAAGGAGCUUCCAAAAGUUCUUGGUGUCAAUGCUGUUGAUAGAGUAUUAUUGGAUGCCCCUUGCAGUGGAACUGGGGUUAUAUCGAAAGAUGAGUCUGUUAAAACCUCUAAAAGUUUGGAAGAUAUACAGAAGUGUGCGCAGCUACAGAAGGAGCUAAUUCUUGCGGCAAUUGACAUGGUGGAUGCUAAUUCAAAAUCUGGGGGAUAUAUUGUUUAUUCUACAUGCUCAAUCAUGGUUGCUGAGAAUGAAGCAGUUAUUGACUAUGCACUCAAAAAGCGGGAUGUUAAACUGGUUCCGUGUGGACUUGAUUUUGGUCGUCCAGGUUUUAUAAGGUUUAGGGAACAACGUUUUCACCCUUCUUUGGAAAAGACAAGGCGUUUCUAUCCUCACGUACAAAAUAUGGAUGGGUUUUUUGUUGCAAAGUUAAAAAAAAUGAGUAGCUCAAAGCCUGGUGCAAAAUCAUCAGAAGAAGUAGCCGAGAAGGAAGAAGGUAUUGCUACUACGGUGGAGAAUGAAAAGGAGAAAUCAAAUGAUGGCAAUAAAGAAAAUGGCAAUGCAGCUUCCGAAUCUGAAUCCAAAAAGACGAAGAAAAGAAAGUUCCCCUCUAAACCAGUAAACGGUGUAAAAGAAAAUGGCAAAGAAUCUUCUGAAUCUGAGCCCAAAAAGAGGACGAAGAGGCAAUUUCCAUCGAAGGAAGAGAUUUCAAAAGCCAGGGAGGAGAAGAGGGACAUUUUACGAGAAAAAAAGAGAAAAGGUAUUAAACAGCAGAAGCAAAAAAUGACCAAAGCAAAUGGCAAUAAGCAGUGAUUAAACUUCAAGACAGGAGUGCUGGGGUGAUUGUCUGUUCCAUUGAGAAGUGUACCCUGAAAUCAUAGGCAUGCCCUAUUCGUAGGGCACAUUUUUGUUUUGUUUCUUAGGAUAUUUAUAGUGUUUGGAAACAGAUUACGGAUGUGAUUCUUCUGGUCCGAGAUAGUGGCACAUGUUGAAGCUUUUGAUGGUUCUUUCUUUCACUUCCGGUCAUUUUUAGUUGUAAAACAAGUUUCCAAACACAUGGUUUAGCUGCUGAGCUUCAUUUUUACUUUCCAUCUACCCUGCUGUAUAUCAGAAAAGAAAUAUUUCCUUUUUUAUGUGCCAUCAAUUAAGUUUAAUUUAUUUUCUAUCCA